CAGUACCUGUCGAACGGCGAACGCGAGGGAACAAGGCAAGGCAAGGUAUCUUGCGGGCCUACUGUCGCGUCUUACCCGUGCAAUGCGAAAGUGCUACUUUUAUUGCUGCUGAUAGCUGAUGUAAGCUGUCGUAAGGCAGAUAAAGUUAUCGCGCUAAAUUCUUUCGCUCCGCUGUCUUCAGCUAAGAAGAGCCGGUCAAUCGGAGUUUUAUGGCUGAAUAGCUGCGGACUUGGUAAGAAAUGGCUUCCGGCCAGCAAAGUGACAUGGAAGUUUCGGGCGACUGGACACUGGUGUCAUCGCCGGAAGAAGAUAAAAUGGUUGCUUCGACGGGGUCUUCUCAGCUGGAAGGUAACAAGGUUGAAGUGAUCACUGAAGAUGAAAACACCCGCAACACCGUUCGAGAGGAAGAGCUGUCUUCGCUUCCGGACGGUGCAGCUGCAGAGAAGGAUGAAGCUAACGAUCACAGCAGAGACAGCGACAUCGACAUCCUCGACGACGACAUGGACGAAAGACUUCAGUCACUCGAAUCGUCAGCCGUGACGCAGACGUCUGCAUCGCUAAGCUUUAGUGAGAUCUCGGCAGCCAACACUGCAAGUUCCUACGAAAAUCUGGAGGUGCUUCCAGACGACGCUUCUGAAGCUGCCUCGACGGUGCUGUCUGACGCCUCCCUCCCUCCUGGUUUAGAUCUGAGGCCAGGAGUUCGCCGUUACAGACAUGUUCCUAAUGCGAGGCUUAAUAUAACUCUUAGUGUGAUGGCCGCCCUGGUGGCUGCGGCUGCAAUUGGCCUCGGUAUCGGCCAUUACCUAGGCUGGUCCGACAAGUUCUUUCAGCAGAAAGAAAUGACGCAUGCCCAGAUAGGCAAAUUGAAGCAACUUCAGGAUGAACUGAUUAUCUGCAUGCAACAACAGAAACAGAAUAAAGGGUCAUCUGCGGACAAAGAUCCCUUGGUCUGCUAUGAAGAUAACGAGUACUGGAAGCAAAAGUUUGAAAAUUUGUUCAGUGAAAAUAAAGGCCUGAAAGAACUACUGGAGCAGUCCCAGAGGAAUGCCGUCCUGACAGACGUCCGCGUCGAUGCACUCGACGAGGGCCAAUGUGAGGAUGAUGACGUCCACAAGCUUAAGCUUGAUCUCAUCCUCAACCAGAUGCAACAUCUACAACUGAUGAAGACCUUCAACGAGGUGAGACACCAGGAACGGCAGACGCGGGAAAGGGCUCGUAUGCUGGAAGAAGAGAACAAGGAAUUGAAGCAGAGGCUGGUUGAAGAAGAGGAAGAAGAUACCAUGUUAAGGGACUUGGAAGGAAAGGUGAAGAACUUGAGAGAGGAAAAUGCUGAACUCAAAGCUCAUCUUAAAGAGGACACCUCACGGCAAGAGACUCUGUUGAGCCUGGAGAGUCAAGUGCAGCUGUUGCACAUGGAAAAUGAGCAGCUUCAACAUACAUUGAAGGAAAUUCAACACAAUGAGGAAGAGGAGCAACAGACCAUAACAGCGAGGCUCUCUCAGUUGAAGGACAAAGUUAAUCAGUUAGCAACAGAAAACGAAGACCUGAAAGCCAUCAUAGCUAAACUCCGCUAUGGCCAACCACCGCCAGUGGCUGCAAACGGGGAUCAACACGAACAGCAUCGACAGAAGAUCAGCGACCUUCGUCGACAGAACGGGAAUCUCGAAGUGGAAAUUGAAAAGAAACGAAAUUCUCAGCCAGAAGGAGAAGAUGAGGGGAGUGACUCGAACCAAGAUUUAAAAUUGCUCCUCGAACUGCUGAAGAAUCAACACAUGGAAGCCAAGCACUGGCGGAAGCUCUACGAAGACCUGCAGAGCAAAGGUGCUAACUGGAAUAACCUCUCCUCCGUCAACUGGACGGAGCUCCUGAACAACGGAACCGAAGCGGCGUCCAACGCUGUGUCGGUGUUGCUCGGCAGGUUGAAGAAGAUGUCGUUGGGGACGAAGGUCUCCGAGAAAAUCUCUCAGGUGAAAGAUUCCUUCGGCAGUCUCCGCAACAUCAUAACAGAGAGGUGGGAGCAGCUGCAACAGUCGAUGAACUCCCCUGCGAGUGACGCGGAGUCGGGCACGGAGGAGAAGUCCCGAAUCGUUGCCGACAUGGCGCGCGCGGUCGAAAAUUCGCUGAAGAAGGUCUACGACGCGAGCAACAAGUUUCUGUCGGUGUUGGACAAAUCGGUUGAGAUGAAGGCGACAAAACUGACCUCGAAGCUGUGGAAAGCAAUGGACACUUUGAACAAGAAGCUGUACGAAAUGGCCCACGAGAAGCCGUCAACGGCGGAAGAAGAAAACGUGGAUGAUGUGGACGUUGAAGACGAUCCUCCUCCCCACGAGGAUGACUCUCACCGCGACGAACACAGCGAAACGGGUGAACACUUUGCAAAAGAUCAUCGGCACGAACAUGCACUGCCAGAGAAGAAGGAAGAGGAAUCCGCGGAGGCAGAUGAGGGGGAAGUCGCGGACGAAGAUGCGGCCGAAAUGGCCAACAACUGGUUCAGCGGUCGAGCAAAGAGCCGCGCAGAACAGCGGUUCUCCGAGGAGGCUCGCAACGAGAAUUGGUUUCUGCGGCGCCAAGGGGAGAACUGGAGGGAGACAAAGCAGGCGUCCAGGGAUGGGAAAAGGAAAGGGUGGAAGCCUCGCACGUUUUCUUCGGACGACGAAGAUGAGGCGUACUUUCGCUCUCGUAGGAGGUGAGGGCUGAAUUAAGUUUAUGGGUUAGGCAAGACCGGAUGGUCUUGCAGUUUAUUGGGUGGUUUUCCACCGGGUUUGUGAGCAGAGUACAGUCGAACGGAAAGCAAAUGCGUUAGUUUUUGUGCAUCGUGUCGCCAUAUGCUUGCAACAGAUGUGCUGUAAUUUUUAAACGACAAGUGCGAAAGAAAUAGCGUGCUUUUAGACUAAGUGCCGCAUGCACCUUGACCACCGCAAGUAACUUUUGAGAUCGCGGGCUACUUGGCAUAGCCAUCAUGUUUCUACGUGUCACAUUUACACGUGUCUUUUGCAACCUUUCAGAAAAAGGUUCGUCUGCUAUGGUAUUAAGUUAACAAAACAUGUAUGCAGAUGUACCUGGCUUAUGAGCUUUGAAUUCAUUGCCUAUCUUUAAGCAAAACUGCCAUGGAAUGGGGGGGUGGCUUUCUACAACAGAUCUUGGUGUAACUUCAAUUGAAUACUAAUCGUGUAAGAGGUACCCUUUUGCGAGAAUCUUUCUUCCUAGCAUUGGAACGGUGUUGUCUGUGAUGUGAUGGUCCAAUUUUUGUAUUAUUAUUAUGAUGCUGGAAGAUACCGAUCUAUGUUACGUCCCCUAUACGUCUCAUGCUGUCAGCUUAGUGUUCCCUUGCAUUUAUGGCAAGCAUUCGUAUCGUCAGACUUGCCAAAGGUAUUGUCUUUUUCCUUGUUUUGUUUUAUGUCUAGAAGGCAUAUUAUUGAUAUGUAGAGCACAAAGUGUAUGUACGCACAUCACGUUAAUUUUAAGUGGAAGGACUCUUCCCUAAGCAAUUGACAAGCACAAAUUUUGGGAAAUCAGACACCCUGAAAUAUCAGCAUAGGACAUAGUUUGAAUGACAAAGCGUGUAUAUAUUGUACGUAGUUAUAGACCCAAGAGUUCCUUGUCGGGUGUUUGAAAGAAUUCUAUUUCCCUUGUGAUAAACUUUACGAAGAUACAUUGGUGUCGACACAAUGUUUGUAAAUAUAUUUUAUAUAAAUGAUGUGAGAGAUUUUAUCUUUCAGUGUCGAGAUAAUAAAUAUCUGCAGCGUGCA